AUGGAGAAACACAAAGAUUUUCUUUUCGUUACGAAAGGUUUUAUCGAGGAAUUAUUGGAGAAAUCUUAUGGAAUACAGUCAGAACAUUUUGCUGAAAAUUCGUCGUUAUUUUCAGAUGAAAAUGGUAAUAAAAUUAAAGAACUUGAAAAUAAUUUGGAAGGAAUAAAACGAGAUUGUAUUAUUAGCGGAGAAAAUUCUGACGUAUAUGAUAUGAUAUAUUCGACGGUCAUCGAGGAAUAUGAAAAUAUUCGUAGUCGUAACGUUACUCCUUAUCAAAAUGAGCGUAUAACCGUUUAUCACUGUAAAAUCACCUCAUCUGUAUCAGAAGCAAAUUCGACAACUAUGUUCCCUCAAACGAAAUGUAUAGUAAUGUGUUUAUUUUUUAUUAUUUUUUUCGUUCUAUUUUUUAUUUUAAUAAGCGAGGAAUAUAUAAUUCCGCGUAUCGCAAUGUCUGUUCAUUAUUAUCAGCCACCACCGUUCUAA